GUAGGAAGACGUGUCCUCCCUCCCUCUCCUUCCUCCUCCUCCUCCUCCUCCUCACCGGCUCUGCCUUCCCCACCUCCCGCCACUCUCAUUCCUCGCCGUACCGAGCCCCGGGUGCCACCGAACUCCGCUCGGUACCGGUGCCAGAGACCCCCCCCGGCUCCGGUGACUCCCGGCCAAGGCCAUGGACCCCAAGGAGCGCAAGAAGAUCCAGUUCUCCGUGCCGGCCCCCCCCAGCAACCUGGACCCCCGCGCCGUGGAGAUGAUCCGCCGGCGGAGGCCCACGCCGGCCAUGCUCUUCCAGCUCUCCGAACACUCCUCACCAGAGGACGAGAAUCUGCCCUACCAGCGCUCGGGCGAGGGCUGCCUGCUCAAACCAAAGAGGACCAACCCGUGUGCCUACACCCCGCCCUCGCUCAAAGCGGUGCAGCGCAUCGUGCAGUCCCACCUGGAGAGUGGCAUGGGAGGGGGUGACAGCUCCGACGGGGAGCCCGAUGACGGCUGCGACCCCGACAGUGCCCUCGAGUCUGGUGAGGGGGACGGGGGACGUGGGGAUGGGGCUGCCGGAGCCCUGGGGACGCGGGGACAUGGAUGUCAGAGCCUGGGGGACACAGGGACAUUCUGGAGCCCGAGGGAUGCGGGGAUGUGGUGAUGGGGCUGCUGGAAUCUGGGGAUGGGGACAUGGCACUGCCAGUGCCCAGGGGACCGGGGGACAUUGGGGACACAGAGACAAGGAUACCGAAGCCCAGGGGAUGUGGGGACAAGGGAACAGCGCUUCUGGAGCCCAGAGAACGUGGAGAUAGGAUUGCUGGAGCUUGGGGGCCGGGGGCCAGGCUGCUGGAGCAGGGACUGGGGUCGUUAUCCCAUGUCCUCGGGGACGAGGCGUGUGCCGGGGUUGGCACACGGACUGGCUGCUGCCGCUGCUGCCUGUCCCUGCUGCCGGUGUUUCUUGUCCCCCCCGCCGGGCCGUGUCCCCGUCCCCCGCGGGGCCGGGUGACGCCAGCCGGA